GGCUGCAGCAGUAUAUGUCCCGUGGAUGGAGUGAGAAGCCGAUUUUGAUGGAGGAAGAAGAAAAGGUCGUUUGGGCAUACCGGUACACCAACAGCUUCUCGUCAGUCGUCACGGGAAUAGCAGUAGACCGUGAGACCUGAGUAGAUCAAAUCCCUUGCAGUUGCAGGCCAGCAAGGUUGCGCGGCGGCGACGCAGUUGAGACGAGGGAGCAACAGCAACCUGAUCCACAAGCGCGCCGGGGACAAGCCCGCCGGGACCCCGACGUACGUGCGGCUCUCCCGGCGCCCCCAUCGAUUUCCGUCGUCCCCACUCCGCUUCCCUGUUUCCCUCGACGACGACACAUCUUCUCGGCUGGGUCGACGUCUCCCUCCACUCGUCGACUCUUAAACCCUCCCCCUCCCCCUCCCCGUCAGUUCCACGAGCUUCGGAGCACCACCACCUAUCAGCAUCUCGUGAUUGCCUCCUACUCCUAGGUUCCGCCGCAUGGCGCCGUCCGCCGCCUGCUCCAUGGCCUCCGUCUCCCGGGCCCUCCGCCCGCGACCGCGACCGCGCGCCGCCGUCUGCUCGGCUGCUCGCCUCGGGUGCGGAUUGGGGAUUGCCUGCUCGAUGCCAAGUCACGGAAUGGGGAACGAGAAACACGAGCUGGGAUUGGCCGUUGCGUCUGCACCAGCUGCGACUAUUACCCCGGUUCUCAGGAGCCGACAAAUUUUGUGCAAGGCGGAAGCUAAUGUAUCUAGUAAUCUUCCGGAUACCUUGCCUACUGGAGUAAGCCAGUAUGAAAAAAUUGUUGAGCUGCUCACCACUCUUUUCCCUGUCUGGGUUAUACUGGGUACUAUCAUUGGCAUCUACAAACCAUCUAUGGUUACCUGGUUGGAGACUGACCUUUUCACUAUGGGCUUAGGAUUCCUAAUGCUGUCGAUGGGACUAACAUUGACAUUUGAAGAUUUUCGGAGAUGCUUGAGGAAUCCAUGGACAGUUGGUGUGGGGUUUCUUGCACAAUAUUUGAUCAAACCUAUGCUUGGAUUUUCUAUUGCAUUGGCCUUGAAGCUAUCAGCUCCUCUUGCAACUGGUCUUAUCUUGGUCUCAUGUUGCCCUGGUGGACAAGCAUCAAAUGUUGCAACUUAUAUAUCCAAGGGAAAUGUUGCGCUUUCGGUUCUUAUGACCACUUGUUCAACUGUUGGUGCUAUAGUGAUGACACCCCUCCUGACUAAACUCCUUGCUGGCCAACUAGUUCCUGUUGAUGCAGCAGGAUUGGCCAUCAGUACUUUCCAGGUUGUUUUGGUGCCGACUGUUGUUGGAGUAUUGGCCCAUGAAUAUUUUCCUAAGUUUACUGAGCACAUUAUCACUGUAACGCCCCUGAUUGGUGUCCUCCUCACCACUUUGCUUUGCGCGAGCCCUAUUGGACAAGUCGCAGAAGUGUUGAAAACUCAAGGUGGUCAACUUAUUAUCCCUGUCGCUCUACUUCAUGUUGCUGCAUUUGCUCUUGGGUACUGGUUAUCAAGAUUAUCUACCUUUGGGGAAUCAACCUCUAGGACCAUCGCAAUCGAAUGUGGGAUGCAGAGUUCUGCACUUGGAUUUUUACUUGCUCAAAAGCAUUUCACAAAUCCACUUGUUGCUGUUCCUUCAGCUGUCAGCGUUGUGUGCAUGGCUCUUGGAGGGAGUGCUCUUGCAGUUUACUGGAGAAACAAAGGGCUUCCAACGGAUGACAAAGAUGAUUUCAAGGAGUAAAGAAACUCAACUACUCAAGACAUGAGCUCCUAGCUAUUAGAGUGCAGUUGCAUCAGAAGGAUAUUCAUGUUUCAUUACUUUAGGCAUAGAUAGGAAGGCCUACUCUAUUGUUGAUUAUCAUUAGGAGUUCCGCUUAGCCUAUAUGUUUGUUGUGUAGUAUUUCAUACUCCCUCAAUUCAUGAAUAAAUCAAUUCUUAGAGUUAUCUUAAGUCAAACUUUUUAUGUUUGAACAAAUUUAUUAAAAAAAAGUACACAAAUAUUUGUGAUACCAAAUAAACAUAUUAUAUGAAAAUAUAGUUUAUGAUGUAUGUAGUGACACUAA